AUGCAAAUGCUUGCAUCUGUUGAUGAAUAUGACAACGACUAUUCAGCGCUAACCAAAUCUUAUAUGGGAAUCUUUGAUAAUGGAAUGUUUGAAAGCGUACUAAACACAACCCAAACUGGUUAUGCUCAUUCCUCAAGUGGUACCACUGUUUCUCAAUUGACUAAAACAAUAGUGGCUCCUUUGUGUCUCUGUGUUAUCAAAUUAACUCUCUUUUGUUAUUUAAGACCAUUGUUUCUGUUUCUUUAUCAACCAAGAUGUGUGUGUGUUCCCACCAAUGAACGAAUGAACCCUUUACCUAAUGGGUUCUGGCAUUGGUUACCGCCUAUUCUCAAGUUACCUCCAAGUACUUAUCUUUCCAUGGGACUUGAUACUUAUUUCUUCAUACGAUUCAUCCAUGUCCUUCUCGGCUUCUUCAUCAUGAUCGCCAUCUUGUGUCUAGCGGUUCUUUUACCCAUUAAUGCCGUGGACUCACGUAUCAUGGGGCUAGACAGACUAAGUGUAUCCAAUAUCUCUCCAUUGCAUACCCAAAGACUCAAUGCUCAUUUUGUGAUUGGCCUCGUGGUGAUCGUUUUGUUCCAUUGGAUGAUUCUUUACGAAUUCCAGUCCUUCGUCAAGCUAAGACAUAGCCAUUUAUCAAGACUCCAAAUUGUUAACUCCGUGUCGGCCAAAACUAUCUUGAUAGCCAACGUACCUCCAGAGCUCUUGGAAGAUACAAAAUUGAAACAACUCUUUGCUUGUAUCCCGGGUGAAAUCGUCCAGAUUUGGUAUACUUAUGAUCAUAUGAAAAUAAACCAUUUGGUAAGAGAGUGCAAUGAGCUUCUUGAUCUCAUAGAACAAGAUCAAAUCGUAAAGUUAAAGAAGCAAUUGAGAAAGUCACAAGUUGAUAAUAAUAAAGACUUUUCAACCAAAUUCUAUCCUCCAAUAUUUGCACUCACUUUAAAGAUUCCUGUUAUUGAACGGGCUAUUCAAGUACAAUUUCCAGGCUUCUUAAGAGCAUUAAUGCUCCAACAUAGAAUCAACACCGAAGACUGGUGUGUAGAGAAACUCACCAACAAGUAUCACGAGAUUGUCCAAGAAAAGUUAAAACUUAAUAGCCAACAGCUAACAAAGCAUACCAAGGUCUUCAUAGAGUUCUCAACGGUUCAAGGUGCUUAUAUCGCCCAACAAUGUCUCUUAUCCGAGAACCAAGGCUUUUUUGAUAUCCGAUUAUUGGGUCUAAAACCUCAAGAUGUGCUCUGGAAUAACCUUCUAAGAGACUCUAAGCUUUCCUUCAUGUUGGAGAAGAACUUGGUGACCAUCAUGUUCAUCAUUAUAAUCAUCCUCUAUGUGAUUCCUGUUUCGUUCAUCGGAUUAGUGUCGCAAGUACCCAUGUUAACCGCAUUAAUUCCAUCUUUGAGCUGGCUAUAUGCUUUGCCAGAAGAGAUUAGAGAUAUAAUCUCUAGCUUUCUUCCCUCAUUGAUGUUAUCAAUACUAACGGAGAUCGUCCAUAAGUUAUUCCGCUUCCUUAUAUAUUUUAAGGGUGAAUUGGCCGAACAAAUCAUUGAACUAAGAUUCCAGCAAUGGUACUUUGCUUUCUUAUUUGUCCAUCAAUUCCUUGUGUUCACCAUUCUGUCAAGUAUCUUCGUUAUAUUCAAACAAAUCAUCGACCAACCGACCUCAAUCCCGACCUUAUUGGCAACCAACUUACCUAAACUGGCAACCUUCUUCAUUCUGUACUUUAUGUUGAAGGCAAUAGCUUUCUGCGGUAACAAUUUCCUCAGACUCGACCAACUACUCUUCCAUUAUACCCUUUAUAAAGUCAUAGAUAAGACUCCCCGACAAAAGUUUAAACGAAUGACUAACUUGCCAACCAUUAAUUGGGGCACUCAAUACCCAGUCUAUUCGGUGUACGCUUCCAUUGGACUUGCAUUCUGCAUUAUUUCCCCCAUCAUCCUAUGCUUCCUUUGUCUGUUCCUAUUCCUUGUUCUUGUAUAUUAUAAAUAUGCCUUGAAGUAUAUCUUCUCCUACUACAACCACAGAGAGACCAAUGGGAAGUUCUAUCCAAUAGCCUUGCUCCAAUUGUAUGCUGGAAUCUAUUGUCUAGAAGGCUGCCUAAGUGGGGUCUUCUUCCUUUCUAGAGACAACCAAGGACAAUUCCCUAUGAAAUGGCAAGGUUGGUUUAUGGUUCUCAUCACCAUGAUAACCAUUUUGGGUCACAUGGCAAUAUACAAUCGGUAUUACCCUUAUUUUGAGUAUAUGCCUUUGUUAAACUCAGAUAACUCCCAUGGCCCCAAUUCCCAUGGUCCCGUUUCGGCUCCGGCUCUGGCUCCAGCACCAGAUCCAGCAGCAUUGACUCUGUAUCAUCGAUUAAUGUACAUGCAUCCUAGUUUCCGGUUUGAAAAGCCAAAACUAUGGCUACCUAAAGAUCCGUAUGGUAUAAGUGAAAGACAAAUCCAAAGUCUUGAAAAGAAACUAAAUCUUUCUGGUGGAACCAAUAAGGGAACAUCCAUUAACCCGCAAAGACUCAACAUUAAUAUUUAUAGUUCACCUCCAGACCUAAAAUGA